GGAAUCGAAGCGAUGGGGGCGGGAUGGCAUUUAUCAAUCCCGAAUUUCAGCACUAUAAACAGAGCGUUUCAUUUCCAGGGAUGAGCAGAUAGAAGAAGUAAUCGCCUCUCGCCAUGGCCACAACUUCCUGGAAACCGACGGAACCCUAGAUGUCCUUUUGUACCGCGAAGCAGUAGCUCGCCACCGAUGGAUCGCUCCAAUAAAUUUCAGAUGAAAGAAACAAUUGGAUUCUCGAAGGGCAGAGGAUCAAGAAGCAGUCCCAAUCGCUUCCUAGAACUUCAUGAAGAUGUAAUUGCUAACAUCCUUCGUCGAUUGGGUGCUUACGAGAUUCUGAAAAAUGCUCAAAGAGUCUGUUUGUUGUGGAGAAAAAUCUGCAAAAAUCCCUCAAUGUGGUGUUCUAUUGAUAUGAGACAUUUGGGUUUUCAUGGACACCUUGAGGCCAUGUGCCGUCAGGCAGUAGAUUGGAGCCAAGGGCAACUGAUUGAGCUCUACAUUGAUCAUUUUGCCACAGAUCAAUUGCUUCUUUACAUCUCUGAAAGAUCGAGCAAACUCAAAUGUCUUCAAAUUAGGUAUUGCAAUAACGUUGGAGAUGAGGGAUUGAUUCAGGCAUCCAAAAAUUUUCCUCUACUGGAAGAACUUCACCUGUUCCAUGUCAAGAAUGUUUACAAGUCCAUUGAACACAUAGGUCGGAUGUGCCCGUUGUUGAAGUCGUUCACUUUGUUCUCAUUUGACAGCAGGUUUAUGAGUUUCUUGUGUGAACAAGAGGAAGAUGAUGACUUUGAAUUUGAUUUCGUAUCACUGGCUAUUGCAAGAAACAUGACUGGCUUGUGCAACCUUCGACUUUUGGGAAAUAGUAUGACAAAUUAUGGCCUGGAAGCAAUUCUUGAUGGGUGUCCUAAUCUUGAGUCCCUCGAUGUCCGGGGAUGCUUUGGCGUUUUGCUACAUGAAAGAAUUUCUGGAAGAAUUGCUCAAAAAGUAAAGGAUUUCAAACACCCGUUUGAUAUGUCGGAUGCCCGGUACUUGGAAGCUGUUAAUUCGGGGUCUUGCAGUUCCAGAGAUGUGUUUGAUUUGCACUAUGGUUAGGGGGCAAUUGGGAUUUUUGGAUUUAAUGAUUAAGUUUAAGCUCUUCUAUGUAGAAGGUUUAGACACUUUUUGGGAUGUUUU